CUCAUAAGUUUUGAUGCUGGUCAUGAUCUCUUUCUGUAAGGCAAGAAAAGAUGUCUAAAACACACUCUGAAAGUCUUGAGCGGCGUGUGGUGGUGUUAGGUGCCAAUGGAGCAGAGAAAACAUUUGUGAUCAGCGCCUUGCGUGGUCAGACAGAGUACGAGAUAGCAAAAAGUUCAGUUGACUGUGUGAGAACAACAGCUGAAAUUAAUGGAAGGACGUUCACUUGUGUCGAUACUCCAGGCUGGUGGAGAAAUUACUCCGCAGUCGACACAGCAGAGUACAUCAAACGUAAACUAGUGCUGAGUGUGUUGGAGUGUCCUCCAGGACCUCAUGUUUUUCUGUUGGUGGUGAGGUGUGAGGCUCCGUUUGGUGGGCAGGAGCGGCGAGCUUUUGAGCAACACCUAGGUCUGUUUGGGGACAACAUCUGGGAGCACAUCAUCGUGGUGUUCACUAGUGGAGAAGGCCAGAAGACUAAGAGUAUCAAGGAGCAUAUUGAGGGUGGAGGAGAGGCUCUGAAAUGGCUAGUCAGUAAAUGUGGUAACAGGUGUCACAUGCUACAUAGUGUCCAAAAGGGAGAUAAAAGUGCAGUUACCGAGUUACUGGCUGGGAUCGACGAGGUUGUAGCAGAGAAUAAUGGGUCAUACUUUAGAUGUGAGGACAGGAUAUUGGAGUAUGUUGAAGAGAAAAGAAAGGCUGAUAAAGAGAAAGCGGCAUCAAGGGUGCACAUGAUUGGCAACAUGAGAAAAAUGAAUGAAAAAGUGGUCGCAUAUUCAGCACCAGAACUCCAGCUCCUUUUGGUAGGGUGGCUGGAAUCAGGCAAAACCUUUGCAAGGAAAACCAUUCUGGGCUUAAAAGACAUCGAGAGAAAACGAACCAACCAAACGUCAAGAAAAUCAGAAGAAAUCAACGGAAGGCAAAUCUCAGUGGUUGACACCCCUGGCUGGUAUAAGUACAUGCCUGCACAGUACCUUCCUAACAGGGUCAAGGCUGAGAUCCAAAGAGGCCUGACGCAAGAUUCUAAAAAUCCCCAUGCUGUCCUACUCGCGAUUCCGGUAUGCACCGCGUUCCAGGAGGAGCAGAGGAAGAUAACGGAGGACAACAUGAAGAUGAUGUUUGGUGAGCGGGUCUGGAGACACACCAUAGUGCUGUUCACAGCAGGGGAUAUGCUGGGAGACACCAACAUAGAGGAGCAUAUCGAGACUGGAGCGAUGAGAAAGAUACUAGCAUUGUGGACCUGCUGA